UUCAAGUCCCACCAACUCCAGAGACCAAAUGUUGAAUGACAAGGAUCUGCGGAAUCGGAGUGAACUGAUAGAACUUUCUCCAAGGAUUUUCAAGACUUUGGUCAAAUUAUUGAGGGACACUCCUGUGGAGAAGUCAAGCAGUACUGUAGGAAUUGCAGUUGUGGAUAAAGAUGGACAGGGAAUCAAAACAAAUUCUGCUGAACUUUCUGAAAUUAACAGUAUGUUGGAGAAGAUAUAUCAUGAAGCGGAGCUACUGAAGAUAAUGAAUAAUGAAACUUCGGUUCCUCUGCUUCUGGAAGACAUUGUGACAGUCUCAUCCAUCAGAAAGGCCCAGCCAACAAGUGGAGUUUCAAACAAGGGAAGCACAGAUGCAAAUAAGUCACAGGCCGAGAGUAAAAAUCUGACAAAACUAGUUGUGAUGGAAAGUGUUUCUGAAAGUAAUGCCUCUGUGGGAGAGUCUGAAACCAAAUUCUUACCUGCUCAGGUAGUGAAGGUGAUUAACCAGUUUUUGAAAAAUGCUUCAUUAGCUGAGAGAGUGGAAAUGAUAAAUACGAACUAUCUGCAUGGACAUGGACAGAAGUUUUCCAAACUUUUUGCAAAGCUGAAUGAAGUGAUAGCUGUAGCACCAAAAAUGCUCACAGUGGAUAAAAAGGAGGACCUUCUGAUGAGUGAGAGAAUCUUGUUGAAGAUUUUAAACCUCAGCAACAGUGCUCUUCAGGAUCUGAAGGGUCGGCUGUCAGGAGAUGUGGCUAGCAAUACUGAACCAGACAAAUCAUCUUCAAUGAGAAAUGAAUUAAGUGAGCAAAAUUCCAAAUGGAAAGAAUUUAACCAAAUUAAUCACUUUGUGCAAAUGUUUUAUAAGCUGGAGGAAAACCUUUCCAAUCUGAAGCUGAUUUUGCAAUCUCUCAGUAAAAUGAAGAAGCAUGAUUUUGAAUUGGCUCAUCAACUUUUGGAUCAAUCGCUUAAAGUGGUUACUCAGCUGGAGCAAAUCCCAUGGCUGAAAGGCAAAAAUGCUUUCAUUGAUUUUGAAUUAGAGGCUUUAAGGGACUUUGCAGGGGUAUUGUCAGAUACAGAAUUUACACAACAGAAGCCAUCAGUAUGAUCAAACUUUAAGGUAUAAACAUGAAGAUAUUACAUCAAAUUAAACAAUUGGGGCUAUCUGAAAUUAUAAUCAGCUGCUGCAAUAUAUACUUCUAAAAGGAGAUAAUCAGUACUUGAAUUUAAUGAUAAUUAAGUAUUUUUCAAAAUUGAUUAUGUGCACAAUUAUCUGCUCACUCUA